CGUCCAUCGCCUUCUUCAAUUGAAGAAAUACAGAACAGAACCCAUCGUGUCUCUCUCUAUGGGUUCUUGUUUCCGCCAUUUCCUCUUCAUCAAGCCACAGCUCCGAUCACUGAAUUUGGAUUCCCGAAGCCACAAUUGAGCAAUAUUAUGCUGAGAUCACCGUCGUCUCCGCCAAAGUAAGAAGCUUUAUGGUGUCGAGUCCCUUUCAAACAGCUGCUGUAGCUCCACAAUUCGCAUGUUGUUAGGAUUGGAUUUUCUGAAACUGCAGCGUCUUCCGUCUCUAGCUUCAGUAGCUACAGUGCUACCCCAUAUUCAGGCAUCUACUGUUCAAAAAUCGAAAAAUGGGGGAUUUGGGAUGCGUUUUGGUGUAUGGUUGGAGGUGAUUUCAACUGGAAAAAAUGGGUUUUCCAGUAUGGUUGGAGUUGCCCUAAUUCUCUCCAUCUCCAUUCGUUACUUCUCCGCCGAGAAUUUGCCGUGCGUAGAGCUCACGCCGCAGCAGCCGCACAGACUUGACGACUCCAGCAGCAUCGACCCAGCUGCUCUACAACACAGUCUUCCUCCCUUCCGGCCGGCACUAGACGCCUAUCCUCGAUCACAGCUCCGUUCUGCGACUCGACACAAUUAGACAUGAUGUCCAAGCCUCCAAUGAAUCCCAGCUAUAGAUUCUUCUUCAUGAAUGACUACAAAAAUCAGCAUUGCAUCUCAUUCUCACAUCUCCAAGUGCGAAGGAUGACUUCCAGCAAGAGGGUUCAGGACCGAAGCAAGUUCAAGCGAGUUCAUGACCUUGAAAUCGCGGCUGAGAAGCACAAGGUAAUGUCCAAGAUCCUGCAUAUGUUUGAGAUACUCAAAGGGGAGCCCGAAAACAUCGUUCCCUUAAGAAAUCUCGACAAGCAUCGCAAGCAGAUCAAUCUCCCCAAACCCAACAAAUUCUCGGAUUUCCUUCGGAAAGCACCGAAGCUCUUCGAGAUCUACAAAGACAGCAGGGGCAUAAUCUGGUGUGGGAUGACGCCUAAAGCCGAGGAGCUGGUAAAAGAGGAAGAAGAAAUCAUCGAAAAAAAUGGAGCGCAAUCUGCUGAGUACGUGACUAGGAUGUUGAUGAUGGCGGCGGAUAAGCGGCUGCGCCUUGACAAGGUCGCACAUUUUAGGCGGGAUUUAGGGUUUCCGAUGGACUUUAGGAAGAAUUGGGUCCAUAACUAUCCUGAUAAUUUCAAGGUCGUUCAGCCAUUUAAACCUUUUGAUGAUACCGAGUAUUUGGAGCUCGUGUCCUGGAACCCUAAUUGGGCAAUCACGGAGCUGGAGAAGACUGUCUUAGGUGUAAUUGAAGGGCAGGAUUGCAGUGAUCAUGUCCCCGGAUUGCUAUCACUGCCUUUCCCGUUGAAAUUUCCUGCUACUUACAAGAAGUUAUAUCGCGAUGGUGGGAAAAUCGCGCAUUUUCAGAAAAGGGAGUACCUGUCUCCUUAUGCAGAUGGUAGUGGUUUGCAACCCGGGUAUCUCGAGUUUGAUAAGCGGGCGGUGGCGAUUAUGCAUGAGUUGCUCAGCUUUAGCAUUGAGAAAAGAUUAGUGACUGAUAUUUUAACACAUUUUAGGCCAGAGUUCAACAUGCCGCAGAAGUUGAUGAGGCUUCUGCUGAAGCAUUGUGGGAUUUUCUAUGUUUCUGAUAGGGGAAGGAGGUUUAGUGCCUUCUUGAAUGAAGCUUAUGACCGCUCGGAGUUGAUUCAGAAGCAUCCGUUAGUUGUUUGGAGAGAAAAUGUUUUGAGUCAUGUUGGUUUUAGGGGGAAGAAGAAAAAGAUUGAAACUUCUGUAGAUAUCUCAGAUUUGGAUGAGAAGGAUUUGUUCGGGAGUGAUUCUGAGGAUGAUGAUGAUCACCACAUUGAGGUGCAACUUGGGCGGGAAGAGACGAUGCAUUCUUUAGAUGGUGCUUCUGAUAUUGGUGAAUCUGAAAUGGAUGUUGAGGGGGUCCGAGGCGAAUACAACGAUUGAAUAUGGUGAGGUAUAAGUUUUUUGUUUCGUAGAAACCAAUGUUAUCCGUGAUUACUUAACAUCGCGAGGACUGCUAGUUAUCAUCAAUUUCAUGGAGGAGCUUCUUGUCAUGUGAAUAUGAAUCCAUCCGCUUCUUUACCUGGUAAUCACAAGGAUGAGUCUAUAGCCGGCCUUCAUUUUUAAUGAACUGAUUGAGAAGGCAGAUGGUUUUUCUGGGGUGUUUUCAGGUGGGGUUUUUCCCAUUUAUCUUCAUUCUUUACUUCUAUUGUAUCUACGUUCUUUAGUACUCUAUUUGCAAUUGGGGAUGAAUAUUUUAGUACACAAAUAUGAAAUCAUGAAGAAACUGCAGGAGAGGAAACACAUGGUUGGCAAGACAAGUGAUGAUGUCAAUGAUGCCCCGACUCUGAACAAGGCAGAGAUAUAGGAAUUGCAGUUUCUGACUCACAUUAUGCUCACUAAACCUGGGCUUAGUGUUAUCAACAUAUUUUAGAGAAUGAAGAACUAUACAAUGAGGUUAUUCGCUCUCUAUUUAACUAAUUAAACAUCACUUUCUUAAAUCUUGGGUUGAAAAAAAAAUGUCUUACUUAACAAAUGACAGGAAUAGUGAUUGUUUUGUGUUCGUGUUCUUGUUUCUCCUCUAUUUACACCCUCCAUCGCAUCUAAUCUCUAUCAUAUAUUGUGUAUCUUGUUUGCUACAUUGUUUAAGUUAAGUUGUGAUUAAGGCAUUAUGUUUACUUUUUGGCA